CACCAAUGGACAUGGACGCCGAGGCUCCGCUCCUCCUCCCCAUCGACAUCACCAUCGUGCCGUCGGCGCCCUCCUCCUCCCCUUCGACCCGGAGCAUCGUCCUCCGCAUAGCGGCCGUGCUCGCCGUGGCGUGCGCGUCCCUGCUAGCGCAGCACGAGGCCAGCAAGGGCUUCGCAGUCGCCGUCGCGAACGACGCGGCGCGGGGCAGCGCGGCGGCGCGGCGCUUCGACCUGCACUUGGCGUCCAACGGCCGCGCCGAGCGCGCCCUCCUGCGCGCCAGCCGCGCCGUGGAGCGCGCGCUGUUCCCGGACGCGUCGUUCCCGCGCAGGCAGGUGCGGCGCGUGACCGUCCGGAUGGCCGCGCGCAACCUCACCGCGGGCGCCGGCGCCACGGUGCGCGCCGCGGCCCCGGGGGAGUACGUCGUGUCCCUGAGCCCCGGCCUCGUCGCGUCGUCGUCGGCGUCGGCGAACGACGCCGCCGUGGCCGCCGCGCUGCGCCGCGCGGUCGCGCGCAUGUGGCUCUGGGACGGCCGCGGCGCCGCCCCCGCGCGCGUCACGGAGGCUAUGGUCGACUACCUCGCGGGCGCGGCCGGUGACGACGAGGCGGCGGCGGCGGCCGAGGACGCGCACGGGUGCGGCACGUUCUCGGCGCGGCUUCUGAGGCGCUUAGAGGCGCGGCGCGAGGGCUUCGUGGCGCGGCUGAACCGGGCGAUGAAGGACCGGUGGAGCGACGCCGCCGUGGACGCGGCGCUCGGCGCGCCAGCCCGGCUCGCCUGCCGCCACCACGCGGAGGAAACGACGGCGGCGCUGACCCGCCGCGGGCAGCUGGAAAAUGGUGGCUGGAGGUGAGUGGGUGGUCGCUGUCAGUGCAUGCGAUUGCAACCUCGAUCGGUCGUUUCAUUUCAUAUCAACAACAAUUGCUUUGCUUGUAAAUGGUGGUGGUGGUGGUAUACAAAAUAUGGUAUCAAACGUGAUGUGAGAAGCAGAUUUUUGGACGUGGAUGAAGGUGGUGGUUGGUAAUGAU